AUGUCGGAUAUCAUUGAAAAUGAAGAGAUAGAUAGAGACACAGUUGAGCAAAAUGUAAUAGAGGAACAAUUUUCAAAAAAAUACGACCUAUUGACCGAAACUGUAGUGGCCCAUAAGAAAACUUAUAUAAAUAAGCUAAGUGGCACGAAAUCUUUGAAUUUUGCUCUCGGUCUCCCAGACAACAGUAUAGAAGUAUACGAACUGAACAAUACAUCAUUAAGACAUAUCUGCCGUCUAAGUGGACAUGAGAAAAAUUUAACAGAAGUUGUGUUGAGUCCCAAAGAAGAUAACAUUCUGUACUCAGCGGGAGAGGAUGGUAUAGUUAAGAUGUGGGACACUAGAACCAGUGGGAUCUGUGUGCAAGACUAUAAAGAUGAAGAAGAAGUAAUGAUUCGUCCAUAUGAAUGCAUGGACGUAUCGCAUAACGGCCGCGUGCUCUGCGCCGGCAGUCAGUUAGUGGAGGAUGACGCUUACCUCGUGUUUUGGGAUCAACGUGUCACCAAACCACUCGGCGGGUACUGGAAUUCACACACUGAUGACAUCACACAGGUCAAAUUCCACAAAGAGAAAAUGGAGAUUCUAGCAACUGGUUCUGUAGACGGUCUACUAAAUGUAUUUGACAUAACAGAGCAAACGGAAGACGAUGCGCUGACCUAUUCCAUGAAUGUGGAGAAUUCAGUAGACAAGAUCUCAUGGCUCGACGAGAACACUGCAGCUUGCAUCACACAGUCCAACGACUUGCAAGUGUGGAAUAUGGACAGCGGAGAUUUGAUCAAAUGUUAUGAUAGAGAGAAGAUCGCUAGAAGUAUUAAGCGAAGCCGCGCGGACGACUGCUACCUGGUGGACGCCUUCACGUCCAUCGACGACGCGCCCGCGCUGCUCGCCGGCUCCUACGGCGGCACACAAGACACAUUGAGAUCUGUGACGCUAGCGGAGAGGAAGCUGUUGCCGCGGACCAACUUCAGCGGCAACAAACAGAUCGUGCGCUGCUGCUGGUACGACAAGGACAAAGACAUUCUGGUGACGACCGGUGAGUCAGGGCUCCUGAGUGUUUGGAGCGGUCAAGGCGCCUCGGAGAACGAUUACUGCACCAGCAAGCUGACCAACUCGCUCAGAAAUCUGCAUGCCAAUAGACAUAAACCCUAUUAG